AUGUUUGAAUCUUUACAGAUUGAAGAAGGUGUUAUGGUGAUGGAAGAUGAUUCUCCUGAGGAGGCUGUUAGUACCCCAAAUACCCCUCGCAACCUUGCCGCGUGGAAAAUUAGCAUCCCAUAUGUAGAUUUUUUUGACGAUCCCUCCUUGGAAAGAAAAGACAGAAAGGAGAGAAUUCCUGUGUUCUGCAUUGACGUAGAGAGAAAUGAUAGAAGGGCAGUUGGGCAUGAACCUGAACACUGGUCCGUCUACAGGAGGUAUCUUGAAUUUUAUGUGCUUGAGUCGAAGCUAACAGAAUUUCACGGUACGUUUCCUGAUGCUCAGCUUCCCUCAAAGAGAAUCAUUGGCCCCAAGAACUACGAGUUCUUAAAAUCCAAGAGAGAGGAGUUUCAGGAAUAUCUGCAGAAACUUCUGCAACAUCCAGAACUAAGUAACAGUCAGCUUUUAGCUGACUUCCUGUCCCCUAACGGAGGAGAGACUCAGUUUCUUGAUAAAAUGUUGCCUGAUGUGAAUCUUGGUAAAAUUAUAAAAUCUGUUCCAGGAAAGCUGAUGAAAGAGAAAGGUCAGCAUUUGGAGCCAUUCAUCAUGAAUUUUAUCAACUCCUGUGAAUCUCCCAAGCCUAAACCAAGUCGGCCUGAACUUACCAUUUUGAGUCCCACUUCUGAAAACAACAAGAAGCUUUUCAAUGAUUUAUUCAAGAAUAAUGCAAACCGGUCUGAGAAUACAGAAAGACGACAAAAUCAGAACUACUUCAUGGAAAUGAUGACUGUAGAAGGAGUCUAUGACUACUUAAUGUAUGUUGGUAGGGUUGUUUUCCACAUUCCUGACUGGCUUCAUCACCUCUUGAUGGGAGGAAGAAUUCUCUUCAAAAAUACUUUGGAACUGUACACAGACUAUUACUUGCAUUAUAAGUUAGAACAGCUGUUUCAGGAGCAUCGGUUGGUUUCUCUGAUAACACUGCUGAGAGAUGCCGUGUUUUGUGAGAACACCGAACCUCGCUCUCUGCAGGACAAACAGAAGCGAGCAAAGCAGACUUUUGAAGAGAUGAUGAGAUACAUUCCAGAUUUAAUAGGCAAGUGCAUUGGGGAAGAGGCUAAAUAUGAAGGCAUCAGGCUUCUCUUUGAUGGAAUGCAGCAACCAGUGCUCAACAAACAGUUAACUUAUGUUCUGCUGGACAUUGGGAUCCAAGAACUCUUUCCAGAGCUGAGUAAGGGUCUGAAGGAAGCCAGCUCUGUGUCAUGUUGGAUGUGAACGCAGGGACCUUGCUGGACACCCAGUAGAAACAUCUGCUGUGCACUGUUGCAAUGGACGUGACACUUUAACCUUGCAUUGUAUAUUUUCUUGUAAAUAACAUAAGAUUUAAGUUCUAAAAAAUAUCUUUAUGCAAUAAAGACAUUAAAAAUUAAUACAAAUUACAAGUAAA